UCCUCUCGCCGUGUUCCCGCACCGUUCCGGUCUUCAGGGCGGACUGUGAGAGGAGAGGAGUUCGUCACGCUGCCCCGCCUACAUCCUGACAGCCAAUGUUUGCCACGCUCCGCGGGCCGGAUUAAAAGAGUCCUGACUUUUGGGGUGGCCGCCCGAGAGGAGGGGAGGGAGGGGAGCGGGCGCCCGGCACACAGAAGAGCCGCGGCUUGCCGUCCACUGAGCUACGGCAACCCUAUUGCCUGUCACCUGGUGGGCAGUGUGCUCCGGAGCCGCAGCAAAGGUGAAAAAGAGCCGCAUGCG